GUGACCAUCCUCUCUAUCACAUUAUACCAUUCUCACUCUCAGCUCAGAUUAGCCCGCAAUGCUCGUAAUCGGCCUCACAGGCGGCAUCGGGACAGGCAAAUCCACCGUCUCGCGUCUGCUAUCAACAAAACACAACCUGCCAAUCAUUGACGCCGAUGUCCUCGCGCGCGACGUCAUUGCGCCUGGCACGAGCGGCUACGACCUCGUCGUGAAGCACUUUGGGGCGGACCGAGUCGUGAUGUCGGACGGAGUGAGCCUCGACCGCGCAGCAAUCGGCGACAUUGUGUUCAAGGACCCAGAAGAGCGCAAGUGGAUCAACGGCGUCGUUCACCCCCGUGUCCGCAAGGCCAUGGUUCAGCAGAUUCUCAAGUACUGGAUCAGGGGCGAGUGGGCCGUCGUCCUCGACGUCCCUCUCCUCAUCGAGGCCGGCCUCUGGAAGUGGGUGGGCGAGAUUGUCGUCGUCUAUGUUAGCGAAAAACUCCAGCUUCAGCGCAUUCUGGACCGCCCUUCGAACCCGCCUCUCACCGAAGAGCAAGCCAAGGCGCGCAUGGCCUCGCAGAUGCCCCUGGCCACCAAGUUGACCUAUGCCACUUCGGUACUGGACAACAGCGGAACUCUGGCCGACCUCGAGGUCCAGGUCGACCGCGCUGUCGCCAAGUGGAAGGACGGACAGGGCGGCUCCAGUGGAUGGUGGUGGCGCCUGUGCUGGCUCGUCCCUCCUGUUGGAUUGGCGGCGGCGUGGAUCUGCCUGCUUCGCACUUGGUGGAGGUCUCGCCAGCCCGCUCGCAGGCGGAGUCGAGGCGAGACUGACGGGCGGGGGGAGAGGAUUGAGAUGAGUGACCUGCGCAAGCGCAAGGGCGGCGCGAGGUUGUAGGGGGAGGGGGGUGUAGG